UUUUUUCAUUCCUGAUAUGUUAUGAAAACUUUAAUGCUGGUUACAGCUGCGAAUUCUUUAGUUCAAGUGAAAUACCCGUUUUAAAAGAACAAUUUUGGGUAAUGACACUUAGUGUUAUAAACGUGCUUUAAGGUGUUAAAGACGGAGCCUCUCAUAUAUUUUAUAUACAAUUUUAUCUAUCAGAAUCCAUCGCAGCAAAGUGGAAAUUCUUGCAUCCUCAAGGAAAAUCUCCAUUGAAAAGUUGUAAUUGCGAAAACAAAGUCAUCCGUGCCGCCAGGCAAGAACAUUUGCAUCGUUGAAAAUUUCAGUCUAAUAAAAUGUGUGACACAAAAAAGUUUUGCCGUGAAGCAGCCAAAAGGCGAGCUUUCCAAAUCAUGAGUCAGAGAAUUUCUUCUAAAAAGCGAGCCAUAAAAAAAUGGAAAAUUAAAAAUUUUGUUCGCAAAUCCUCUGCCAAAAAAACAACACCGCAAAAACGUACUAAGAGGCAAAAUACUCGGAAAGCCUCCAGAAAAUGGAACAUUAAAAACUUUAUUUUGAAACCUAAAUCGAACUGUUCGGAUUUGGGGAUCUCUGAGCCCAAAAACAGUGCUAAAAAUAAGGGAAUUGUUGGAAAAAAGAGGGAAGUACAGCCAAAGGCAGAGUUUCCAAAACCCUCUGUCCAGCAGUUGAACACACCACAAAUCAACAACAGCACCGAAGCUCCGCAAGUACCAAAAAAACUGUCAACGGUCAAAAAAAAAAGGAAGUGGGAUUUGAAAAACUUCAUCAUGAAGUCACCUCCUCGGCAACAUUAUUUUCAGGAAAUGCCCAGUGCCAGAAUUCUCCCCAGAAAGACCCCUCUACCUUUCCAGCCGGUUGUAAAGCUUAGACAUCAUGAUGUUUUAUGGGAUAGCAAAAUUCGCAGCAGAACAGGGCUUUCAUUGAAAAAGUGGGAGGAGUACUAUAGAAGGGGAAAUGUCACUGUUGCUACGGAUUCAAUAUUACCCAAGGAAAAGCCUCAUGCACAGAAAAGAAAGAGACAGGAUGAAGAAAAGAAUUUGCUAGAAAUUUAUGGCAAUCCUUUAAAAAAAGUCAAGAGAAAAGAAACAUUGGAUCUCUUUUUGAGCUGUUUCGGUCCUGAUAGUGAAACAGACAGUGUGUAUGAAGAAUGGUCCAGAACCAAGAAGAAAGUUUCAGGUAUCAAAAGUCGCGACAUCAAAAGUAUUCAUCAAAAGUCCUCUUCCACAUCUUGCAGGCAGCAUCAAUCGACCAUCAAGCGAACCAGUGAAGCAUCAACGAAAAAGAGUUUUAAUUCUGUCAGUGCUGGUUCAACUUCAGCUCACAAACCUAAAUCCUAUCAGAGUAAAUCAAGGCAUUCAGAUGAGUCUCCACAAGUUAAUCCAAAAACAGAAAAGGAAGUAUCCAGCAUAAAAAGCCACAAGAUCUCCUCUAAAUCUAGUGAACAGCCUAGUCAUGUGCCGUUUACAAGUCUUAUUAAAGGCUCAUCAAUCUUUAAAGAAGUCAAAGAUCCCAACAGAAAAAGCCAAGAAUCUUGCCAAAAUGUUGAUAGUGUUGCUAUUAAUAGUGAAAAAUUCAUGAAUGAAGCAGUCGCUGCGAAGCAUCACGCCCCCUCACUGAAAGAAGCAGUCGUCAACAAUGAAGCACAAGGAAAAAUAAUUAAUCAAAGUAUCAAGGAGGUUUCUUGUAUCAAUAUAUUGUCCCCUCCUUUUGAUCAACCCCCUUUAAGUCAACAAAAUGACACCAUUGAAGCAUCAACCCAAAAAACCGCUCUCUCCUUUUGUACUGGGUCCCCUUCUGCUCAUAGAACAGAAUCAUCUCAGAAUCAAACAAUGGAGAUGAAUGAGUCUUUCCCAGUCUGUUCAGCAUCAUUAAGUCAACAAAAUGAAAGCAGUGAAGCAUCAACUGAUCAGAGUUCAAAUGAGCUUGUCAUUCACACUGAGCCGACUCAAAUUUUAAGUCAACAAAAUGACACCAGUGAAGCAUCAACCCAAAAAACCGCUCUCUCCGUUUGUACUGGGUCCCCUUCUGCUCAUAGAACAGAAUCAUCUCAGAAUCAAACAAUGGAGAUGAAUGAGUCUUUCCCAGUCUGUUCAGCAUCAUUAAGUCAACAAAAUGAAAGCAGUGAAGCAUCAACUGACCAGAGUUCAAAUGAGCUUGUCAUUCACACUGAGCCGACUCAAAUUUUGCCCAAUCUAAGUUACAAGGAACUCUCCUCUCAUAUAACUGAUGCCAUAAUUCAGAAGGUAUCUUGUCAAGCCAAACUUACUGACAACAAAGAGUUGCAGGAGAUAGUUACCGAUAUGUCAACAGCACGAGAGAAGGGUGGUGAUUUGAAAACUUUACUCCAUAAAAUUCAAAAAAUAAUUGAUAAGCCCUUGCUGGAAAAGUUUGACAAUGAUUUUAUAGUGAAGUUUCAUGAAGAAUAUAAGUCAUGGGCUAUAGAUGAGAAAAACAGCAAGGCUCAAAGUGAUUUCAUUCUCAAUAUGAAGCAUCCAAUCUAUGUUUUGAAAAAUAUUAAGAAUAACAACAUGCUAUCUAAGAAUGAAAAAUUGCAAAUGACAAACCAGAAAUCGAAUGAAAUUGUAAACAUCUGUAAACUUCUGCCCCGAAUUUUUACUCCAGUCUUGAGUCAUGAUAGUUUUCCAUUAUUUGUGCUGAUCUUCACCUUACGCACCUAUCUAACUAUAUUCAUGGUUGAUUUUAAAACAGGUCGUCUAGAUAUAGAUGAUCUGAAUCUCCUAAGGUCAACCCUAAAGGUUGGUCUGGGUAAAUUAAGUAUUGGCGAUCUUACGGCUAAGAUACUCUUCAAAAUGCUGAAGAAUGACUCAUUUAUAGACUCUUGCCACCAUAUCUGGUUUGUCAUGGAUCUAAGUCAAAAAUUGAACUCUGUCAACUGCUACACUGACUUCACAUGCGAAAAUACGAAUGACAUCUCAUCAGAGGCGCCUCAGAGAAAUAAUAAAGUUGUUACCUCCUCUGCAUCCCCACCACGCAGUAGCGAAUCGCAACUGGAUAGUAUCGUUGUGAAUACCAACCUAUCAUUAGAUUCUAACAGGUCGACAACAGUGAGUUCCACCGCUCCAAAAAUUUCCAGCAUUCUGAAUAGCAACUCCUGUAGCAAACCCCUCGGAGGAGUGCCAAUUUCAGAAGCUGCCACUAAGACAGAACGCAACCGCAAACAAAAUGGUAGUAGAGGUCAAUCUAACCUGCAAGCAUCAAAGCAGACCCUUGUAAAUCAUGAGGAUUUGCGAAGGAAACGGGCAAAUAAAGGAAUUUUAAUAUAUCCCUCAUCAAUGCAGGAAUGUGGAAACUUUAUCGAAUCAACUCCUGUACCAAAAAAUAUCCGCCCAAAAACAAACUUGCAAAGUUUUGCACCGUCAUCGUCAUCGCCUACUGGAGAAUCUCAGAAAGAAAAUUUUCCCAACCAUCAUGUGUGCACCACUCAGCAUCUGCGAUCCCUCAAUACCAAGUCAUCAGAAAAUUCAAAUGCAUGCCAAUAUUUUGUUGACGCAACCUUGUCAGGCAAACAGAAUCCUGAACGUACGGAGUUCGCAAAUCCAUCUUCUAACUCAGCAGCACCUAAUGUAUUCUUAGCCCAAUCACCUUUGCAACCGCUUUCCUUGCACAAAUCAUCGAGUCCAAACCUUCAAGAUGGGUCUAUUAGCAGGGGUAGUUCUACUGGCCCAGUGUCUACCUUUGGUACUUUGGGACCAACCACCAUAAAUAACCUGCCCAUGGCUCCUAUUGUACAGAACAACAACUAUAUAAAUCAAACAACUGUGAUCCAAAUCAAUCCUGCAUCAAAUUAUAAUUGGGGUCAAAUGCAGCAACAGGUGCAGCUUCCACCUGUGAACCAUACUGUCUAUCCUCCGCAAUACACUCCAAAUAGCCAGGUGGUGUGGACUUAUCAGCAGCAGAUAGCUCCCACAAGUGCUCAAAUUAUCGGGAACCCUCAACAUUUUCCUCCUAGUUCAUCUUACAAUUCCACUAUAGCAACAGCCCCCAAUAAAUCCACCUCUAAUUACUAUGUCCAAUCUCAUCAAAUUAAUUUAUUGCAGAGUAAUGGAACAAAUUUUACUCAAACACAAAGCAGUUCACCCAGUAUUGUGUUAAAUUUGCUUUCAAAACCAGUGAAUACGAAUUUUUCCUCAAGUCAAUCUGGAAAAGUUGAAAGAAUUCCACCUGUGAGGGUUGAUAAAGGGAAAUCAUCGUCGGUCUUCUCCACAGGGGGCCAAAGUCUGGCAGCCUUGCCGAUCAAUAAUCCCAUCCAUGAGAAUAGCAGAAUAACACUACCUCAAGCACCAAGCAGUUUACGUGAUAUUUCAAAAUCAUUAGCUACAAGGCAACCUGAUAGUGCAGGCUUUUCGAUCAAUAAUACCAUCAAUGCGAAUAGCAGAAUAACACCACCUCAAGCACAAAGCAGUUUACCUGAUACUUCAAAAUCAACAGCUACAAAGCUACCUGAUAGUGGAGUUCAUGAAAAAAGUGCUCUUGUUGAUCAGACAAUAACCUUGACAGGUCAAGAUGGAAUACCAUUUGUUAUUCAUGUGAAGUCAGCUGAGAAUUUGACGACUGUCUCUGAAAUUUCUGGUGUCAAUACAGGCAAAAGACAGCGUGUUAAAUACACUAAACGUGGACUUCCAGAUCAGAUGGAGAUCAUCAAAUGGAAAAAUAAAUCCCUGGGGAAAUUCAUGAGGAAGGGGAAAACUAAACUUAUCCCGACACCUGACUCUGUCAAGUCCCAGGCACCCUCAGUAUGUGAUGUAAAGACCAACUCAUGCAAAGAUCCCCGUCCACGUGUAAAGUACACCGAACGUCGACCGCCAGAUCAAGUGAGGAGGAAUCCUUCGCUAGGAAAAUUCAUGAAGAGGCGCAAAACUGAACCUACUCCACGCCCAGAUUUCGUUCAGGCUCAUUCUCCUGCAUUGAGUGAGGGAAGGUCAAACUCAACCUGGGAUUCAACGGCUGACCUUGAUAAUCUGUUGAUCAUUGAGGAGUCCUCACCCAUUAGCUCGAGCGAUAGAGAAUCUACGGCAACAACCAAAUCUGUGGUGGCUGAUAGUGAUAGAGUGUCAAAUACCCUCCAAGAAAUAUCAUCUGAUAAUUUUUGUGAAGAUGGUGUUUUAGAGACUCCAAAUAACUCAGAAAAAAUCAUUAAAAGUAAUGGACUUACCUACAGACUUGAGCAAAACGGGACUGCAGGAAAAACUUUGAAAGGGAAUUCGGUCUCCUUAAAAACUCAAACGGAGAGGUCUCUAAUGAAUGACAAAGGUGAAGAGAAUGGAAAUCAAAGAAAAGAUUCUUGUGAACCAUUCCCAUCAUCGGCAACUGGCACAAUCACAUCCUGUACUUUAAUGGAAGGUGACUCUGUUGAAAAUGGUGCAAAUGAAUUGAACAAAGCAAAAGACACACUGGCUUCAGCGACAAGUGUUGCUAAACAUAAACUACCAGCAUCAAUUGCAAGACCAGCCUCUGUUUUUGGGAAAAGAAUAGGAAAACAAAAGAAAAACGAUUCAGUGUCUGUCAAUAGAACUCCUGUGUACCAGGUUGUCAAUGAUGUUGACAAUGCACUGAAGGUGCGUUUUGAGCUGAAGAAAUUCGAUAACCAUGGUAAUACUGGCAAACCACGAAGAGCCUCAGACACCAUUAUUGAGGACUCAUCUACUUCUACCUCCAAUAGCAAGGAUCAUUUGGGCAAUAGUACCAGCAAACCGUUACAUGGAAAAUUCAGUCGAAGAUAUUCAGAUACUAGUCUUAGAAAGGAAAGGACCAUUGAUGUAGAUACAUUUUUACAGAGAUCCUAUGAAGAAAUCGAAAAUGAUGUCAUCUCUAUGUAUUUGAAAAAUUGUGAGGGUGAUCGAUGCCUUGACCGAAAAACUUUGCUCAGUAAAAUACUAGCAAAUUGGAAAAACCAGCCCAUUGACCACAUUUACGAAUGGCUUCGAAAUCAAGAGCCGUUCAAGGCAAAUCAUGAGGCAGACAUCUCUUGCUCUAAAAAUCAGAUGAAAGUGUGCAGCAACAUUGCAUGUGGGAAAGCGCUGGUUGGUCCUAUUAACCCAUGUGCUGGAUGCAACAAAGUAUUUUAUUGCUCCAGCACCUGCAGGGAUGUGGACUUUCAGCAGAGCCACUGCAAUGUAUGUGAAAGCGACAUUUUUAUUUGACCAAUUUUCAUCAUUAAAUUUGAGUCCACGUAUAUUUUUUAACGUCAUAUUAAUCAUCACGUCUAAUUCAAUUUUUUGUAAUUUCCCUUGUCUCAUGUCUGCGCAGAAUCAAUUUCGUAAAUUUAUACUGUAAAAAGUGUGCCUUUAAAAUUAAUGUAUAGUACCCCUCUUGCACUUAUUGUUUUGAGUCAAUUCGAUUUAAUGCUAAAAUUGGUUAUUAUUAUUCUAUUGAAUUGGCUCGAAACAUGCUGUAGAGAAGCUUACUUAUAGGUAUUUUAUAACUUUUUUAAUGUUUUGUGUUCAGUUGAUGUGGACCUAAGAGAUGGAUUCUUCCCAGAAGGAUCCGCAUUUUGCAACAAUGAACUUGUAUUUUUGGUUCAUUUUAGAAACAUCAUAUUUACCAUUGGUUUCUGUACGCAGAUAGUGUUUUUAUGGAUGAACCCAAAAUAGUAUGCAGCUCUUUAUUGCAUAAUGUACUCUGAAUAGUGUAAGUAAAACUAUGCAGUUUUUUACUCAGUGCUCAAGUUUAAUUUUACUUGUGAUAUGUCACUGCUUGAUUCAAACUUACGCUUUGGGCAUAUCCUAAACAUUUAAUAGACUCUUUAAUUCCCUAUAUUGGUAUAGAAACUUUUCUUUAGAUUCAAACAAUGACAAUACUUUGAUAGGGAAUAAUUUAAUUUAUUUUAUACAUUGGGUAUCUACCCAGGAUUGAGAUGAUGUCUUACCAUUAUCAUUUAAUUUAUAGGGUAUCCUUUUGUUUAUGGUUAUAUCAUGUUUGUCCAUUUUUAGCUUUACGUACAUUAAUUACAUGAAAGAACAAUUAAUCAAUAAACAUGCUCAGAUAUAAUUUAGCCAGUCUGAACAUGGAGGCGAGCAAGCACAUAAAAUCCCGAGACUUAAUGGGUGGAGAAUUAUUUUAAGCUUUUUUUUUGGUGUCCAACUUUCUCUUUGCUGACCCUAGAGGUGAGGUCUCGGCACCCAUAAUGUCUUUGGGUACUAGGCUAGUCAUUAAUUCAAUUGUUAUCUCAUCCACAAAGUUGGAGAAACUUACAGGAACUCUUUUGAAAAAGAAUGUAAUUUCAACCCCAACAAUAGAUGUGAAAAAUUCUGCAUUCAAUCCCGGAUGAAAUAAUUUAUUUUACCAUUAUUGUUAAUAGUUUCAGAAAUUAAUAUUUGUUGUAUUUUUAUAUAUUAAUUGUCCUUCCUUUUCUGUUCUGGUGUUGCUUUAUUUGUGAAACAAGAUGUGAAUAUCAGCUGCCACUCCCACACAAAGAUGAAAAUAUUAAUUUCUUUUGACCAGAACCAGCUGAAUUGAAUUGCUUUUUGCCUGACUUUCUCCCAUGUUCAUUUUUUUAAUCAAGGAGCUAAACAAUAUAAAAUCUAGAAUAUGAUAAGUAUAUUGUAUAAUUUUUAUCAGUAAAUAUUUUAUCAUUUUCUGUAUUACAUAUUAGAUAUUGUGUAAAGUAUAUUUUUAGAUCACAUAAUUAUAGAAAGAAGAAUAUUUUACUAUUUGAAACGUAAAAUGUGAGAGGUAAUCAGGCAAUAUCCGAUUCAGUCAGGCUAAUUCUGAUCAAAUCUGUCCAAGUAAUAGAAGUUUUCAAUGGCCACUUUAAACGCACUGUUUCAUAUUCUGUUCUUGUUUGGCUAAUAUCUGCAACAUGUUGUUGAAAAUGAAUGAUCCUACAUGCUCUCCUUGAGCACAACUCAACCAAUUUUUUGUACACUGCAAUAAGAACACAUCUACAAAUUCAUUGCAAAAUAGAAAUUAAUAUGUAACUUUUGAUUAUAAAAAAGUCUGGCGACCAAGGUAUGCUUUAUGAAGAUUUUGGAGGUCAAGAAACAAAAUUGCAACAUUGUUACAAAGCUGCCAAGAAAUCAGUUCAUUUCCUCCGAGUUGAAUUAUGUGGAUGUGGCCCUAUGGCAUAGAUUUGUUCAUUUGUUUCUCUAUCGUGUAUGAUUUAUUUUUUCCUUCUUUCUCUAUCACUCUAUAACAAUUGUCUAUGUAAUGACAGGGUUGCCACAGUUGGAGAAUUUUGGGAAAAGUCAGGGAUUUCAAAAAGACGGGAAUGUCAAGGAAAACGAUGAAAGUUUCCGGGAAAAUUAUUUUAGUUGUCUUCAUUUGCCUUCUAGAAAGGUUUGACAUUCCUGGCAUCUUUUGUAUGAAAUCAAAUUCCAUCCCGUCUUUUAAAUCAUCCCGCAUAACUUUUAAUGUCGGUGGAUUUUGCCAUUAUGUAUCAAGAAAAUCACAGAAUGUCAGGGAAUUUCAUUUUCUAAAUUCUGUGGCAACUCUGUAAUGACCCCAUGACCUAUUUUUUGACUUGUUGUGUCAUUGUGUAAUGUAUAAAUUUUAACUUAUGUUUUUACUGCCCAAUAAUUUUUGUUUUUAUAAAUGCAUGACGUUUCAUUAUUUUGUUGUUAAAAAGAAAUGAGAAAAAAUAAAAUAAAAAAAUAUUUUUGUACAUAAAA